UCCAACGACCCGCAAUGGUAACUUUGCGACAACGGCAGUGCGUGCUCUGGGGCUGCUUGUUGACAGCGGUCCAUUUAGGACAAUGCAUUACAUGCGACGACAAACAGUACCUCUUCGAUGGCCAGUGCUGUGACUUGUGCCAGCCAGGAAAGAGACUGGAGAGCCACUGCACGGCUCUCGCCAAGACCCAAUGCCUUCUGUGUGGCUCAGGCGAAUUCAUGAACAAGUGGAACAAGGAACCCCGGUGUUACCAGCACACACACUGUGAAUCCAAGGAAGGGCUUCAGGUUGAGAAGGAGGGCACCUCAGAUACAGACACCAUUUGUGCCUGUAAGGAAGGUCAACACUGCACUAGCGAGGAGUGUGGAAGGUGUGCUCAGCACACAUCCUGUGGCCCUGGCUUUGGAGUUAAGCAGAUGGCCACGCGGACUACCGAUACGGUGUGUGAACCCUGCCCAGCCGGCUUCUUCUCAAAUGGGUCAUCAACUUUUGAAAAGUGUCAUCCUUGGACCAACUGUGAGGCCAAAAACAUGGUGGUACGACAGGAAGGGACGAAUUGGACUGAUGCUGUCUGCGGUUUGCAGCCCCGGAAAAGAGCCCUACUGGUCAUUCCCAUCGUGUUGGUCAUCCUCGCCACCGUCAUCAUGGUGGUGUCCUUCUGUAUCAAAAAAGUGGUCAAGGAACCAAAGGAUAAUAAGGCCUUACCCCCUGCUGUUGAAAGGGGAGAUCCUACCGAGACAGAAGAUUGCCCUGGCCACAACACUGUGGCCCCAGUGCAGGAGACAUUGCGUGGGUGUCAGCCCGUCACACAGGAGGAUGGCAAGGAGAGCCGCAUCGCAGUGCAGGAGAGGCAGCUGACGGACAACAUGGACUUGAAGCACCUGGCCUGAGACCCUGGAGCUGUUGUAGUGGCGAUGGCAUGAGGGCAAGGACCUGGCUUUGGAUGACUGCUGACAUUUGAGAUUUGAAAGGAACAAAACCUGUCAUGCCUGCCUCUCAACUUGCUUUUAAAAAGAUGGAGGAAAAGCUUGGGUAUCAGGGGUCCACAGAGUGCAGCCAUACAGGACCCAGAGCCGUAUCAUGGUAGCUUUUACUCUCAGGAGUCAUGGACGCCACAGUCUACGGCUUUGUUGCUUGUACUGUUAGAAGACACCUGAUUGCCCAUCAGCAGGGGACUGGCUAAAUAAAUUUGUAAUGUAUUUAUGCAA